CCCAGGACCCGCGAAGAUGCUCGUCCCCGGACGUGUCAUACGGGCCGUCUCCCUAUCUUCCCACAGGUUCUCUUGUGCUCCGUCUGUGGGGUGGCCUUUCACCCGGGACCCCACUGCAAAGUUCAGCUCAAGAAUCACGUUGUGCAGUCCUCCUUUCCUGACUCUUCCCCCCACCCCCACCCCCCACCAGGGGACAGAGACUGGGCUUGGGUCCCCCCGGGGCUACUCAUUUUAUGAACCCAACCGGCCGCUUCCGGGGAACUCACCAGAGACGCCACCCGUUGGUUCCAAUCUGCCUGUGACCCCAGUACUGUUUCUUUUUUUGUUUUGUUUUCUUUUUUGGUGGACAUCGGUAUGUCCCACUUGAACUUGCCCUUCCCACACCCACAGUCUGAGGCCUCCGCGGGCCUCAGUUACUUUAUCUCUAAAAUGGGGACACUAGGACGCGUCCUUCCUGCCUGACAGGUCCUCUCCCCUAGGGGCGCCUCACCCAGCAGAAGAAGACUUUCUGAGUCUUCCCUGAAGAAACCAAGCAGGCGGGCUGGGCCUUUGACAGGGGAUGGGUCAGCAAGAAUAAGGAGAAGAGGCCAGAGAAAUCCGGCCUCACUGAAGGGAAGACGUAGGUGACACCCGGAAAUCGCAGGAGUGCAGAGGCGGGACUGUCAGCGUCCCCCUACCACAAAAGCUCUUGCUUUUCUGCUUGUGGCAUCUGAGAGCUGCUCAAAGCCUUAGGUGCCCAGGAGCGGACAGUCCCUGCCAGAUGACCUUGGUGUCCCCUGCGCCACCACCUACGUGCAGGGAGCAAGCCCAGACCGAGGGGGCAGGUGGCAGGGCCUCCCCACCUGCCCCGCGGAAGAUGCAGUUCUUUGGGCGCCUGGUCAACACCCUCAAUAGCGUCACCAACUUGUUCUCGAACCCGUUCCGGGUGAAGGAGGUGGCUGUGGCGGACUACGUCUCGAGUGGCCGGAUUCGGGAGGAAGGGCAGCUGGUUCUGUUCCAGAACUUUCCCAGCCACACAUGGGACUGCGUCCUGGUCAACCCCAGGAACUCACAGAACGGAUUCCGACUCUUCCAGCUGGAGAGGGAGACGGACGCCCUCGUGAACUUCCAGCACUAUUCUAUCCAGCUGCCACCCUUCUACGAGAGCUCCAGCCAAGUCCUGCACGUCGAGACCCUGCAACAGCUGACCGACCUCGUCCGCAGCCAUCCCAGCUGGUCGGCGGCCCAUUUGGCGGUGGAGUUGGGCAUCCGAGAGUGCUUCCAUCACAGCCACAUCAUCAGCUGUGCCAAUAGCAGGGAGAAUGAGGAGGGCUGUACCCCCCUGCACCUGGCCUGCCGCAAGGGCGACGGGGAGAUCCUGGCGGAGCUGGUACAGUACUGCCACGCCCAGAUGGACGUCGCGGACAACAACGGAGAGACUGCCUUUCAUUACGCCGUCCAGGGGGACAAUUCCCAGGUGCUACAGCUCCUAGGGAAGAACGCAUCAGCCGGCCUGAACCGGGUGAACAACCAAGGGCAGACCCCACUGCACCUGGCCUGCCAGAUGGGGAAGGAAGAGAUGGUCCGAGUACUGUUACUCUGUAACGCUCGGUGCAACAUCGUGGGGCCCAGUGGCUACCCCAUCCACGCAGCCAUGAAGUUCUCCCAUAAGGGGUGUGCUGAAAUGAUCAUCAGCAUGGACAGCAGCCAGAUCCACAGCAAAGACCCUCGCUAUGGAGCCAGCCCCCUCCACUGGGCCAAGAACGCAGAGAUGGCCCGCAUGCUGCUGAAGCGGGGCUGCGACGUGAACGGCACCAGCAGCUCGGGGAACACAGCCCUGCAUGUGGCCGUGAUGCGCAACCGCUUGGACUGUGUCAUGGCCUUGCUGACCUACGGGGCCAACGCCAACGCCCGCGGAGAGCACGGCAACACGCCGCUGCACUUGGCCAUGUCGAAAGACAACGUGGAGAUGAUCAAGGCCCUCAUUGUGUUUGGGGCAGAGGUGGAUACCCCAAAUGACCUCGGAGAGACUCCUGCUUUCAUAGCUUCCAAGAUCAGCAAACUUGUCACCAGGAAGACGCUCUUAACUCUGCUGAAAAACGUAGGGGCCGACCACCGCCUCCCACUCACCCAAGGGGCCCCCUCGGAGCAGUGUUCCACUGCGACACAUCACUCCUUGUUCUCCCAGGAAAGAUCUCAGCCCCCACCGAUCAGCUUAAACAACCUAGAACUGCAGGACAUCAUGCAUAUCUCCCGGGCCCGGAAGCCGGCGUUCAUCCUGAGCUCCAUGAGGGACGAGAAGCGGACCCACGACCACCUGCUCUGCCUGGACGGAGGGGGCGUGAAGGGCCUCGUCAUCAUCCAGCUCCUCAUUGCCAUCGAGAAGGCCUCGGGCGUCGCCACCAAGGAUCUCUUUGACUGGGUGGCGGGGACCAGCACUGGAGGCAUCCUGGCCUUGGCCAUUCUGCACAGCAAGUCCAUGGCCUACAUGCGGAGCGUGUACUUUCGCAUGAAGGAUGAGGUGUUCCGAGGCUCGCGGCCCUACGAGUCGGGGCCCCUGGAGGAGUUCCUGAAGCGCGAGUUUGGGGAGCACACCAAGAUGACCGACGUCAAGAAACCCAAGGUGAUGCUGACGGGGACGCUGUCUGACCGGCAGCCUGCUGAGCUUCACCUCUUCCGGAAUUACGAGGCUCCGGAGUGUGUACAGGAACCUCGUUUCAGCCAGAAUAUGAACCUGAAGCCUCCGACUCAGCCCUCAGAGCAGCUGGUGUGGCGAGCUGCCCGGAGCAGUGGGGCGGCCCCCACCUACUUCCGGCCCAACGGGCGCUUCCUGGACGGCGGGCUGCUGGCCAACAAUCCCACGCUGGACGCCAUGACCGAGAUCCAUGAGUACAACCAGGACAUGAUCCGCAAGGGCCAGGAAGGCAAGGUGAAGAAGCUCUCCAUCGUGGUCUCUCUGGGGACAGGGAGGUCCCCACAGGUGCCCGUGACCUGUGUGGACGUAUUCCGUCCCAGCAACCCCUGGGAACUGGCCAAGACUGUUUUCGGGGCCAAGGAACUGGGCAAGAUGGUGGUGGACUGUUGCACGGAUCCGGAUGGGCGGGCCGUGGACCGGGCCCGGGCCUGGUGUGAGAUGGUCGGCAUCCAGUACUUCAGAUUGAACCCUCAGCUGGGGACUGACAUCAUGCUGGAUGAGGUCAGCGACACAGUGCUGGUCAAUGCCCUGUGGGAGACUGAGGUCUAUAUUUAUGAGCACCGAGAACAGUUCCAGAAGCUCAUUCAGCUGCUGCUGUCACCGUGAGGCCGCUGGGCACCCCCCGCCACCCCAUCCCACCCACCCAGCCCUUGAUGGAGAGGCCAGGUGACAUCUAACCAGCGCGCCACUGGGCGGCUCUGCAUCUCCAGACCAGACAGACCAGGCCUCAGAGGGCACUGGGCUUCCUGCCUGAGGCUGGUCCUGGGUCCUGCCCACACCGUCCCCGCCUUCUGGCACUUUUUGUCAUUCCAGGCUUAGAAAUCCUAGAGCCUCACUGGGGCCCUCUCCCUGAUGGCCAAGGUCAACUGACGCUUGGGCCCCCAGCCCUGUUAGCUCAGACACCAGGCGUUCUCCCAGGUCCCCUGGCGGAGGGGGGAUGCCAAGACCCCUUCCACUCUCUGUCCUCUUCCCUGGGGUGGGGGGCUUGGAGAAACAGGCCUUUGCCCACCCAUCAGCAGGGGAAACCCAAGCCCCGCCGACUCUGCCCUCAACACACAUGCAGCCGCCUGCACCCCUCGGAACUGCCCCACCCUGCGAGCUCCCCUCAGCUCUCAAAGGUCACUUCUGUGACUUCGGUUAUUCCUCCCGACCCGAGGUGGUUGUUGAUGGGUGGGGCGGGGAGCCAGAGCCUGCCCUUAACUGAAAUAAACGGUUUGAUUCAA